AUGUACGUCUGCCUUAUUCACACUGAAUGGUAAGUCAUUAUAAGGACAGGAGGACCCUGGGUCUGGCUUGAUCAAUGAUGUCUCAAUGCUCUGGAAUUUAAAGUGAAUUUAAAAUGGAAGACUAGUUUUGGGAAUCCGACAGGGUUAUGAAUAAAGUGUGAAUUGUCUGGAAUUUAGAAUGAAUUCCAAUUACAUUUUAAAGGGUUUCCAGAACCCUUUUCACAAUAAUGUUUUAUUAAAGGGAUACUAUUAUUAAAGGGAUACUAGAGGCACCCAGACCACUUCAGCUCAUUGAAGUGGUCUGGGUGCAGUGUCCCAGGUCCCUUAAGGAAGCACCUCUACAGCUAUCUGAGGAGUGGCCAGCGGAGGUAUCACUAGGCUGUAAUAUAAACACUGCAUUUUCUCUGAAAAGACAGUGUUUACUGCAAAAAGCCUGAAGGUAAUGAUUCUACUCACCAGAACAAAUGCAACAAGCUGUAGUUGAUCUGGUGACUAUAGUGUCCCUUUAAGCAGUUUUUCCUAGUAUGCAGCACUACAUUCAACGUCAACAUGCAUGCAGACACUGAACUUUACUCAUAGAGAUGCAUUGACUCAAUGCAUCUCUAUGAGGAGAUGCUGAUUGGCCAGGGCUGUGUUUGACUUGCAUUGGCUCUGCCCUUGUUCUGCCUCCUUCACAGCUUCAGCCAAUCCCAGGGGGAAGCAUUGUGAUUUUAGUUUCAGACCACCACUUCUGGUGAUGUCAGUAGACAGGGGCAGAGGUAGGUCAUAUUUUUACUAUAUUUAGAGUGGGGCAGGGGAGCUAGAUGGUGGUUUUAGCACUAUAGGGUCAGAAAAAUAUGUGUUCCUGACCCUAUUUUGCCCCUUUGACCAUGCAAUGGUAAUUAUUGGAAUUUUUUAUAAACUGCAAUAAUUACCUGCCAACGUUAAUUCCACCACUGGUGGCUGUCUACCAGUGACUUCCAGGCUGUUGGGCAACUUUUAGUUACCCAACUCACGCUGGACGUCCUAAUGCUAUGCAUGGGGACAUUCAGCAUCACCCAAAACCUAAUGCGAAAUUAGAAUGUAAGUAUGGCUAUUGCCGGGCAUGCGCAUUAGGUCUCUGGGUAGGAGUGAAUGCAAACCCGAGCCAGCGCCAAAGCAUGGACCCAGGUAAGUGACAGAAGAGAAUAGCCCCCUCUGAGGGUGGGGUGGUGAUUAGGGGGAAGUUAUUGUGCCGGGAAUACAAGGACCUGUUGUCUGAUUGACAGCCUAGUGGUGUUACAAGGUAACAUUAUAAAAGCCCCAAUUUCUAUUAAUAUCUGCAGUCUUUGGAACAUGAAAAAAAAAAAAAGGGAAACAUUCGUCACACAUAAAGCUCUUCAGCAAGCAAAAUUGCUUUAGGUGGUUGCAGUGUUCCUUUAAAUUUGAAAUUCAAGCAGAAUUCCCAAAUAUUUCCACUUUAGUAAAUGACCUUCUUAAUUUUAUUAAUGUAUCACAGGUUCUUGUUUCGUUUUGUACUUCCAUUGAUAGAUGCUAUUCCUCAUGAGGAAUGCCAUGGUGUGGUAAUGUAAAAAACAGGCACUGUCUGCAACAGAAGCGUUAUACGUUCGUUGCCAUUGUGCUGGAGACGGAUUAAUUUUUCCACAUUAUUGCCAUUAGGUAGCACUGUACAGUUCCAGGCUGCCUAAGUCAUGUGUUGCAGGGUUGUAACUAGCCUCCAGCACACUAGUGCAGAUUACUUUGUAUGUGCACAUACAGAUUUCUACCACCAUGAUCACUUCAAAUCACUCCAAGUCAUGUUGUCUGGAGUAACCCUAACCCAUAAAAAAGGAACACUAUAGCAUUAGUAAUACAAACAUGUAUUCCUAGCGCUAUAGUGUCCUAGUCCCAUUUUAAAUUCAGCCCUCCCUUCCUUGUGACUUGUAAAAAAAAGAAAUUGAGAACAAACGUUCAACUUACUUGUGCUGCCACCCAUUCCUUAUUCCAAGGUAUCACCCUGGAGGUGUAGUUUCCUGGUUUCUUGUCCAAUCCAAUGCUCUGCAUAGAGGAGAAUUGGGGGCGAGGUGUGCAUAUGCCGCCAAUUAAAUGCCUCUCACAGGGAAGCUUGCUAUAAGUUGAACUUGAUGACGUUCAAACUUCUCAUGGAUGUCGAACAUCACAUAACCAAGUGAAACUCAUUUCAGCGCAAGUGCCUUUACUGGCUGUUAGGAAGACAGCCACUAGAGGUGUGUUUAACCACACAGUCAAAACAGUGCCCUAUCUACUAAAUGGCAGUGUUGUAGAUAGGACAGGGCCACUGCACCCUGGCCACUUUAUUGAGUUGAAGUGAUCUGGGUGCCUUUAGUGGUCCUUUAAAGAAACACUUAAAACCCCCUAAACAUUGCUGCAGUGCUUAACUUAGAGUGCCACUCUUCCACACUUUAUAAAAAUGCCGAUUUCCAGAUUAUAAUAAUACAGUGCAGCUCAAUGUGAAGGUGGGAAUGCAGGUGUGGCGUUGCACAGAGCUAGGGAAAACAGGCCUUUAAAAAACCUUAUAUAAGCUGUCAAGAAAAUGACAGACUCCAGAUACAUUAGGUUCUUCAACCUCCACGGUGCCGUAUUGCAUGCUCUCAUAUGGAAUCUCUCUGCUUUAGAAGUAAGUUAUUUUUCUUUUUUUUUGUUUAGUUUUGUGUUUACUUACCACUAGUUUAUUCAUCCCAGUAAUGGCUGUUUCAGCUUAUUUUUUGCGAUGCAGAUUUUUAAUUCACUGCAGUUCACUGAAUAAACCCUAUAGUUUUUUUAAUUACUAGUUGUAUUGAAUCUUUUUUUCUUUUUCCUCUUUCAGUUGCGGAAACGUUUUUCUCAAUCAGGAGUUGUUGUUUAUGAUGAGAUUCUUCGGUUCUUUUCCAGUUGUAACGUUUACCAUGAGGCCCACUCACAAGACAAGCUUACUUCUAGGCCACAGAAUCCCGGUUUUUCAAUUAAGGACUCACAGUUCGGCUGCUAAAUUGUCUGAUGUGCAACCCCCACCUGAAGACACAGAUACCAGCCCAAUACAGAGAUUUAAGGAAGUGGGAAAAACUGUAGGCAAAACUGUUGUGCAGCGAGUCUCUGCGACAGCCAGAAAUUGGUGGGACCGGUACGAAGAGUUUGUGGGACUGGUGGAGAUUCGCGAUGCCCAAGGGAAUGUAGCUGAGGUAUAAUAUAUGUCAAAUGAGACUCUGCUUAUGCUAAGAUUAUAAUCAAAAUGAACAAAGAAAAUGUUUUUCAUUUUGCGACCAUCAUACAGUUCAAUAUCUAAGUAAUCUACUGCAAUAAUUCCAUCUCUGAAGUUACAUUUAAUUGUUUUUCUGCUAGCACUAAAUAUUAAGAAGACAGUGCCAACAGGGCACAUUAAACAACACACUUUUAACCAAUCUAUUUUAUACAACCAUGAAUACCAGACUGAGUUGAGAGGCUUUAUAAAAAUGUUAUUAAAGUGGCACUGUCAUGCCGAACUUACCUUUCCCCAAUCUAUUCCUCCUCUCUCCCUCUGUCAGGAUCUGUUCUUCAUUUCUUCCUGUCUGCUCUAGUUUUCUUUAAAACAUAAGACAAAGUAGGGAAUACUUUGUCUUAUGGAGGUUUCCUACGCCUGACCAGCGGAGGAGCAAAGUGUGUUUCGUUUCCGGUGAUCAAAGCAAUUUUCCCACAAUCAGAGAGCUCUGACAGGUAAAUAAGGAGACUGACAGGUAAGUCUCCAAAUUUACCUGUCACAGCACUCUGGCUGGCUUGAAAUCCAACCAAUCAGAGUGCUCUGUGUCAUUUUACAUAGCGUGGGAAAGUUUUUGGGGAAUUUUCCCAUGCUGUGUAAUUUGACUCAUAACACUCUAAAUUGGUUGCUGGGGAGGAGAGCAAUAGGUUCCCCCCCCUUAUUUUCAUUUUGGGCACCCACCCGCCGCUCAGGGUGGGGGGGGAGGACAAUAGGUGUGCCCCCCUUGUAAUAAUUUAGCCACAGGCUGCUCAUUGUUUACUAGACAUGCCCCUACUCGCAGUAUAGCGAGUAGGAGCAGAAUUUACUAAUACGAAGUAAUCUUUACUUAGUAUUAGUAAAUUUGGCUGAAAGAUUAAUUUAGGUCUCUCGUUGGAAUUAUAUUAAUGAAAUUCCCAUAUGAACAAAGUCCUGAAAUGCAUCCUAACACGAAUGGAGAAACUGUUCUCAUUCAGUUUUGACGAAAUUCAGUAGUUUCACCGGCGUUCUGUCUAAGUGACAGGACGUUCUGGAAUACUGACAGGAAGCAUCGCAAGAUCACGGAUCAAAGGUGAGAAUUGUGGGGAAAUUGCUUUGAGUACUGGAAACGAAGCACACUUUGCUCCUCCACUGGUCAAAGCUGGUCAGGCGUAGGAAACCUCCAUAAGACAAAAUAGUCCCUACUUUUUCUUAUGUUUUAAAGAAAACUAGAGCAUACAGGAAGAAAUGAAGAACAGAUCCUGACAGAGGGAGAGAAGAGGAAUCGAUUGGAGAAAGUUUAAAUUCGGCAUGACAGUGCCGCUUUAAUAAAAUGUGUUGCAAAGGUCUACAAAGUGACCUGUCACUGAACCAGUAGAAUGUUUAUGUUAAUUCCUUUUGGUUUUCGUGGUGAUUACACCUGUUUUAGAACUUUACAACUUUUUCAGUUGUAAGCACCUACAUUUUAAGUGGAUCCGUAAGCAUCUUCUCCUGUGUCAUCUGGCAGCUAACACAUCCCUCACAAUUGAUAUCUAACUGGCAAAGUAGGCGCUAAAAUCUAUUUGGCAAAACACUGGAAAUCUACCUGCAUGGUACUACUUCAGGCACUGCUGGCUUCAUUACAUUCUUACUGUAACUUCAAAGAAAUGUCCCAGAGAAUAUUAUUCUCUUUGACCAAGUUUUCUCAGUUUUGAGAAGCUUGAGGGAGCUUUCAGGGCAAAACUACACCUACACCUGUAAUAUCCUAUUGGCUGCCCCUAUAGCUACCUAGUCGGUCCCGCAUUGAUGGCAUACACAUGACUUUUGUAUCCAUAGUUUGUGAUAGUUAUGUGACUUGUAAAUGUACCACAAUUGUUCUUCUGGCUGUGUACGCCUUAUUAAACUUUGAAAACAACUUCGAAAAUAAACACAUAAAAAAUAUGAUUUAUUUAUACUGCGUCAGUAUAUUCUACUCUGCAAUACAAAGGGCAAAGUUCACUAAUAAGUAACAUUACUACUGCCUUAGGUUUAAAAGAAAAGAAAAUGCGGGCAUGUUCAUCAGUCAUCAGUGUGAAAAAGUUAUACAAAACCCUUACUUUAUUCUAAUUUAAUUCUAUUGUGCUGAAAUAUUGUUUGUAGAAUUGCUUAUAGUUUAUUAUAAUAGGGAGCUUCACUUGUCUCAAAUUUACAUCACUGAAUAAAACACACUGAAAGUCACGUAGAAUGUCUUUAAAUUUUUUUUUUUCACCCAAUGUUUGAUGUUCCUUUAAAUGUAUAUUGAGCAUUUGUCAGAGCCCAAAUGCUUUUAUCUUUAAGUCUCCGUUUAGAGGUUCAUAUGUAUUAUAUGUUUUGUUCAGUACUGUCCUGUAGCCAGUAGAUUUUCAUUGAUGGAGCUCACUGUGUUUCAUGCAUCUUCUGUUUACUCUCCAGGCAGAGAAGGAUUUCAUGGUUGCCCGUGGGAUAGUAAGAGAAGCUCGUGAAAAUGUGGAGUCCCAGCAGCUCAAACUAAAGGAAGUGCGUGAUCGUUUGGAUAGAGUUUCCCGAGAAGAUGUGCAGUAUUUGGAGCUGGCAACUCUAGAACACAAAUUGCUACAGGUAAUAUUGAUAUUGUGUCUUGCUUAA